UAAUACAAUCUCUCUCUCUCUCUCUCUCUCUCUCUCUGUAUCUUUCUUUCUUUCUCUCAUUCUCAUUCUCACUUUAAGUUUCUUCUCAUCCUUCCGAACUAGCUUUGUUGAGUUAGUUCCAGCAGGAGGUUCCUCUAAUCACAAGAGGUCUAAAACUCAAAAGGGUGGUGGUGGUGUUUCGAGAGGAACAAAUAUAAGAAGAGAAAGAAGAACUAGUGUGGUUCUGAAGAAAAGGUUUUUUUAACACAAAGGGGGUGUGGGGGGUGGGGUUUUAUCACCGGUGAUGCGCUCAGGAGCUUGUACAUUGCAACAGACCCUCACAGCAGAGGCUGCUUCAGUGUUGAAGCACUCUCUCGGGUUGGCACGCAGAAGGGGCCAUGCACAGGUCACCCCUCUGCAUGUUGCUGCAACUUUGCUCACCCUAAGAGCCAGUUCCUUAAGAAGGGCUUGUCUCAAGUCUCAACCACAAACACAAACACAUUCACACCACCCUCUUCAGUGCAGAGCCCUUGAGCUUUGCUUCAAUGUUGCCCUCAACAGGCUCCCUACAACUCCUGGCCCUUUGCUCCACACACAACCCUCUCUCUCCAAUGCUCUCAUUGCUGCUCUCAAGAGAGCACAGGCUCACCAGAGAAGGGGGUGCAUUGAGCAACAACAGCAACAACAGCAACCACCUCUUCUCACCAUCAAGGUUGAGCUUGAACAGCUCAUCAUUUCUAUCCUUGAUGACCCUAGUGUUAGUAGGGUUAUGAGAGAAGCUGGUUUUUCAAGCACUGUUGUUAAGAGUAAUAUUGAAGACACUUCUUCUUCAGCACCUUCUGUUUUCUACAACAGUUCUGGUGGUGGUGUUUUCUCUUCUCCUGGCUCACCUUCUCCCAGUGAGAAGAAUAAUGUUUUCAGGCAGAACCAUUUCUUAGCUGCUUACACUUCUAAUGAGUUUAGUAGUACUUCUCCUAAUUCUUCACUUUUGUUGAAGAAGGCUUCAGUGUUUCCCAUCAUUGAGUCACCACCACCCUCUUCAUCUAAGGAGGAUAUCAAGGUUGUUUUUGAUGUUCUCUUGAGGAAGAAGAAGAGGAACACUGUGAUAGUUGGUGAUUCAUUGGCACUCACUGAAGGUCUUGUGGGGGAGCUUAUGGGGAAAUUGGAGAGAGGAGAGGUUCCUGAUGAGUUGAAGUCAACACAUUUCAUCAAGUUUCAGCUUGCAUCACCGGUUUCUUUGAGGUUCAUGAAAAGGGAUGAAGUGGAGAUGAGUCUUUCUGCACUGAAGAGGAAGGUGGAUUCUGUUGUUGUAUCAGGUGGAGGAGGAGCCAUUUUCUAUGUUGGAGACUUGAAGUGGACAGUGGAAUUAGGAACAAGUGAAAAAGAGGAAGGUGGUGAUGUUUGUGGCUAUAAUUAUUAUUAUAACCCUGUUGAUCAUCUCGUUGCUGAGAUAGGGAAGUUGUUUUGUGACUCCAAUAACACUACUAAGGUGUGGCUUUUGGCCACAGCAAGUUAUCAAACAUACAUGAGGUGCCAAAUGAGGCAACCCCCUCUUGAGACUCAGUGGUCUCUUCAAGCUGUUCCUGUUCCAUCAGGUGGACUUGGCUUGAGUCUUCAUGCUUCAAGUGUUCAUGAUUCAAAGAUGACAAUCUCCCAGAAUCCAUCCAAUAUGAUGGAAACAAAGCUCUUCAGUAGCAAAAAGGAGGAACAGGAUAAACUCAACUGUUGUGAAGAAUGUGCCUCCAGUUAUGAAAAAGAAGCUCAGUUGUUCAAACCAGGCCAGAAGAAACUGUUACCAUCCUGGCUUCAGUCUCAUACCACCGAAGCCCAUCAAAAGGAUGAGUUAGCUCAGCUGAAAAGGAAAUGGAACAGACUAUGCCACUGUCUGCACCAGAGCAAGCAGCCUCAGAACCAUUGGAGCAACACUUUACAUGGCAAUUAUCACAGUUCAAAUGGCAACAAGAUCUACCAUUACAAUUCAUCAUAUCCCUGGUGGCCAAACCAAGGCACUAGUGUCUUCACAGAUUCAAGCUCCAUAUCUUUUGCUGAUUCACCUCCAAAACCAGCUUAUAGCUCCAACAACAACAUUGUGCCUCGGUUCAGGCGCCAGCAAUCAUGCACCAUUGAGUUCAAUUUCAGUGAUGUCACUCAGAAAAAGCCAUCCACAACAGCCUUGGAUUCUCUCAAGGGCAUGGAAGGUAAUAAUAGUAGUGAAGUAAAGAUUACUCUUGCUCUUGGAAAUUCAACAUUCGGUGGUGGUUCGGGGCAAACGGUGGAAAAUAUCAUAACUACUACUGAUAGAACACUGCGACGAGCUCAUAUUUGUAAACUGUUGCAGGAGAAUGUUCCAUGGCAAUCUGAGACAAUUCCUUCCAUAGCUGAGGCAUUGGUUGAUUCCAAAUCAGCAAAGCAAAGUUCCACUACUUGGCUUUUAUUACAAGGAACUGACUCUAUUGGAAAAACAAGGUUGGCACGUGCCAUUGCAGAAUCAGUGUUUGGCUCAGUUGAUUUUCUCCUUCACUUGGACAUGCUGAAAAACAACAACAAAGAGAAUUCAGCUGAUAUAGUGGCUGGAGCAUUGAAAAGCCAUGAAAAGGUUGUGGUUCUGAUAGAAAGUUUGGAUUUUGCAGAUGCCCAGUUCAGGAAGUUUCUUGCAGAUGGGUUUGAAACUGCAAAGUUUGGAAAUUUAAGCAUGAAUGAGAAGAGUUCAGGCCAAGCAAUAUUCAUAUUGACCAAUGGUGACACUAGGAGCAAUGAAGAGAAGAAAACCAAUGACUCAGUGAUGAAGUUGGUGUUGCAGAUAAGUGAAACCAAACCUAGUUUGGAGUCUUCAUCACCUAGUUUGGGUCAGAAGAGAAGGGCUGAAGUACUGGAUUUGUUUACCAAUGUCAAGAGUCCAAGGGUUGAGGAGAAAGAGGAGGGUAAGAAAGUCUUUUCAAGGCAUUCAAGCUUCAACAACCUUGACCUGAACAUGAAAGCUGAUGAAGAAGAGGAUGAUGAUGGAAGUAGUCCAAUAUCAAGUGAUUUGACAAGGGAAACAGUGGUUGAUCAACUUGAGUUAAUUGAGAACCGGUUUGAGUUUAAUGAAGGUCCAGAGAGGGAGAGGGAGAGGGAGGUGACACAAAUGUUUCUGUCAAGGAUAAAAGAGUCUUUUGAGGAGGUAUAUGAUGAUGAUAAUGGUGAUGGGGUGGUGGUGAAUUUUACUGUAGAGGAGAGGGUGAUAGAGGAAAUUGGUGUGGGGUUUGGUAAUUUUACUAACAGCAUGUUUGAGAAAUGGCUGAAAGACAUUUUUCAAAGCAGUUUAUUACAGACAGUUGUUAACUUUGGUGAUGGGGGGAAGGAGAGGGGUAUAGGUUUUACACUUUGUUGGGGUGGUAAAGGAGAUAGGAAAUCGGAUAGUGAUGGGUUCAUGGGUUCAUGUUUGCCCAAGAAUGUCCAAGUUAACUACUUCAUGGAUUGAUGAUGAUGACUGACUUUGGAUAGUGGGUGGGGGGUUUCUUUGUAAAAUGUAAAAUGCAAGUCAUAGGCUUUGUGUAACUGCUAAUUUUCAUUAUAGAAUGUGUUUGGUUUUUCUUCUGCUUUCAAAA